UUAUUAUAAUUGUUCACAUCAUUAUUAUUUACCUGGUGGCGUUGUGUUUUAGUAAAGUUCGUGCAGUGUUUGGAUAAGUGUUUGAGUGAUAUAAAAAAUAAUAUUAUCAAGUGAAAGUUGCAAACAUAACCGGUGCUUUAUAAACUACGCAAACUUAUUAAAGAUUUUCGGAAUGUCAGAAGAAACCAGUAUUUGUUCAAUAAGACUGAAAUAACAUAAAAAUGGAGUAUCGGAUAUCCAUUACACUUGUUUGGCUGCUAGUAUUUUCUUUUCACAGUAGCUAUGGGUGCGAAAUGGGACCUGUGGGUUCUCUCUGGCUACCUCGUACUUACUCUAUCAACGACACAUUCUUGGGAGACAUAUUCACUGAUGAAACUAGAAGCAUCGCAAGUAUAAACAGUAUUGUCGUCACCACUAGUCUGAACGGGGGACCCUAUUUUGGAGCUUCCUUAGUAGAUUCGCAAUUCACAUUCUUCACAGUCGACUCCAACUUUGAAAAUUAUGAAGAAUAUGAAACUGAGACAAUUUUGAAUUUCAAUUUAAAUUUCAAUUGUGUCGGAGGAACAACUAGAGCUAUGACUAUUACAAUCAAUAUUCAAGACACCAACAAUAACGAUCCUGAAUUUAUACCAGAUGAUGAGUUUAAAUUCACCGUCAUUCCUCCACUGCCACCAGGUUUUCUGAUAACUAACUGUUUUGGUGAAAUUACUGUAAGAGACAUCGAUUUGACGACACAAAGAAUCGAUUUCGACAUUAUCGAUAGUUCGUUAUUCGAGAUAGAGUAUGAUGCAGAGUCGUCCACUGUGCCUAAAGAAUUCAAAGCUUCAAUAAGAACCACCGCGCUAAUACGAAAUAUCCCUGAACCAAUAGUGUUCACAAUAAGUGCAACGGAUGUAGACUUAACAGGUGACCAACCCCGAACCACGUACGCCACAGUAACAAUAAUAAGCGAUGGUGAAUUCGAGUUGCCCGAAGAGCCAGUGUUCACACAAACAUUUUACUUGGCCACGUACACAGAGGACCACCAAAUUACUCUACAGGAGACAAUUUCACUACAGCAAGGAUAUACCGAAGACGUACAAUUCAGUUUAGACCAAGGAAGUACCCAAAACUUCGCAAUUGAAAGAAAUGGCAGUGCUAUCUCGCUGGUUGUGGCGACUCCGCUGUCCGCUGAAGUGUUCGCCCAGCGUCAGAUCCUGCUCGUGAUAAUCGCCGAACUCGAGAAUACCAGCGGCGCCAGUGCUACCAUCGUUGUAGAAUUGCCAGAAGAGGAAGAAUUAAAAUUUGAGCAGUCUACAUACGAAGGAGCUAUAGUUGACAACGUUUUAGACGUUCCCCAACUAGUUUUGUCUCAAGGCUAUGGAAACGAUCCCGUAUCUGUGGAAAUAUUAAGUGAUCACGCGGGAUUCUUCGCUUCCAUACUUCAACAGAACACGAUCACUUUGACCAUGUCUCCGCUCGAUGAGAAUAUCAUCGAAGAAAACAGCUUCCUGAACUUACAAGUACUGGCGUCAACCAACCGCACCUCGGCAUCUACCGUAGUGACGCUAGAGAUCGUGAAGAACGAUACUGUAACCCCUGUGUUUGAGCGUGCGGUGUACGAAGGCGAAUACGACUCGAUGGACGGACUGACACUAGAACCAAUCAUCUUAGUACAAGGCUACGACGCUACUGUGGAGGUCACCUUGCAAGGAGAACACGCUAGUUAUUUUCAACUGGUACAAGAGGGUCCGUCAAUAAGUUUGACCGUAUCCAGCCUCCCAUCGGAUCUGUUUCGAGAGCAAAACUUACUUCUGUAUCUAUCGGCCACCAAGCCUCGUACGGUCGGGGCCACCACUGCAAUCUCUAUAAUGCUACCUCCAGAACCCCAGCUGGAAUUUGCACAACAAUACUACAGAGGUGUGAUUGAGGACAACGUUUUGCGACUUCCUUCGCUCAUACUGACUGACGGCUACGAUAACGAAGAUGUUUCUGUCACUAUUUUAAGUAGCAACGGAAUAAACGAGUACUUUACUGCUACCAUCCAAGAAAAUAGUAUAACGGUAACGAUGUCACCAUUAGACGAGGAAAUUAUAGAACAGAAUACGUUUUUGAAUUUGGAAGUCGUUGCCGCCACGAACCGUAGCUCGGCGUCGACUAUAGUUACGCUGGAGAUAAUAAAAGAAGACACUGUGACGCCUGUUUUCCAACGCGCUAUUUAUGCGGGUGCUUAUGAUGCGCUCGAUGGGUUAACGCUCGACGAAAUAGAGCUCGUCCAGGGAUACGAUGAAUCAGUGCUGUUUUCUUUGCAAGGAGAACAUUCCGGGUACUUCGAAAUAGUUCGAGUCGGUCCUCGCAUAAAUCUCACCGCGUCGAGCCUUCCUACAGAGCUGUUCAGGGAGCAGAACCUAUUACUCUCUAUAGAAGCCACCAAGCCACGGACGGUGGGCGCCAGCGCUGCCAUUUCUAUAGCUUUGCCUGCAGAAAUCCAGCUAGAAUUUGAAGACCCAAGCUACACUGGUAUUAUAAAAGACAACAUCUUACAGCUCUCCGAACUUAAACUAAGCCAGGGCUACGAUACCGAGCCUGUUUCAGUUAACAUUGACAGUGACUAUGCGUCGUAUUUUACCGCUGUGAUCGAUCAGAACAUAAUAACGCUCUCAAUGUCACCAUUGGAGAGCAACAUAAUAGAAGAGAACACUUUUCUGAACUUGCAAGUGAUAGCGUCAACAAACCGCAGCUCAGCCAUGACGAUAGUAACCCUGGAGAUAGUAAAGAAUGACACUCUGACGCCGGUUUUUGAAAGGCCCUUAUACGAGGGCGUUUACGAUUUAAGUGAAGGACUGGUGCUUGAGGAAAUCGUUUUGGUGCAGGGCUAUGACGACACAGUGGAGGUUUUCUUGCGCGGAGAACACGCUAGUUUCUUUCAGUUAGUCCAGGCAGGUCCGAGCAUAAACUUGACCACCUCCGGUCUGCCGGAUAACUUGCUCAGUGAAAAUAACCUAUUGCUCUACAUUGAGGUGACCAAGCCGCGGACUGUAGGAGCCAACACAGCAGUAUCCAUUUCUAUGCCAGAAGCCAGGGACAUAAGAUUUGCAUACGAGUUCUAUUAUGGGACACUCCGUAGAGACGAGGUGUGGAUUCAAACCAUUCAAUUGAGCGUUGGCUACGAAGAGAGUGUGACCUUUUCGCUUAGUGGAGAAUAUGCAUCGUAUUUCAAUGUGUCGAGCGUGCAAAAUCAAAUAAUGGUGUAUUUACGAGAGCCGAUCCCAGACAGUUCUAUCGAAGAAAACAAUUUCCUGCUUCUAACGCUUUCUGCGUCCGCUCUAAACGCUGUAACUGCUACUACCACUAUAGGUAUUGACGUCGUUAAAGAAGAUCUAACAACGCCUGUGUUCAGUCAAAACAUUUACUAUGGCAUUUAUGCUGGACCAUCCAAUAUAAAUUUUGAUACUAUCAGCUUAGUCCAAGGCUUCGACGAUUCGGUUGCAUUACGCCUAGUCGGAGAGCAUUCCAAAUAUUUCAAUUUAAGUGUUGCCGAGAACGGCGUCGUGACGUUGGAACUACACGACGCCAUACCAGAGGAAGUUAUUUUCGAUGAAAAAGUGCUAUUGUUCAGUAUUUUAGCCGAGAAAGAAUUUACGGUUGGCGCCAACGCGGUUGUUUCUAUAAGUUUCCCGAGCGAGCUAACUGAGCCAACAGUUUUGAGGUUUGCUAAAAAUAUUUACACUGGAUCGCUACAGCAAAACGAUUUGAGCUUGGAGGAUAUUGUUCUUGAAACGGGCUAUGCAACAGGCACUCAAUUCGAGCUCACUGGAGAAUUCUCUGAAUAUUUCACUAUGGAGAGCGAUGGCAACAUUUUAACACUUUCACCGACAAAUUAUCUUCCGGUCGAGGUUUUCAGUCGUAAAUUCAUAUCUUUGGAAGUGGAAGCUCGUAGAACAAGAGCUUUUACCGUCUUUACUGCUGUUAUAAUUGAUGUGGAGCAACCAGAAGCAGUUGUGCCACCCGUGUUCGCUGAAGCUUAUUACAGAGGAGUUUAUACACAAGAAACCGGCUUGGAAUUUGAAGAUAGCAUACAACUGGCCCAAGGAUUUGACAACACUGUAACAUUUACAUUGGAAGGAGAAUCUUCACAAUGGUUCGCAAUUGUACAAGAUAACAACACUCUCGAUAUUGCUAUCAAUAACAACAUUCCGGCAGAAGUUGUAGAGGCCAAUCAUAAUCUGCUGUUUAGUAUUGUGGCUCGCAAAGAAGGUGCCACUGAUGGCCGCGCAGCUAUAUCAAUCGACCUGCCUAAAGAAGUAGAGACGCCAACAGUGAUCAGAUUUAGCCAGAAUAACUAUGUGGGUCAGAUUCAGAACGGUUCAUUAGAGUUACCACCUGUGACCCUUGUUGAGGGCUAUGAUAUAGCCCCCCAACUUAACUUAUCAGGAGAAUAUGCCCCGUACUUUACACUAACCCGAGACUUCAACACCGUAACUGUUGAGCUGGCUGUCGACUUACCAACGCAAACCAUCGCCGAAAGUGCCUUUAUAGUGCUUACCAUAGAAGCGUCGUAUCCAGAGGCGAUCAGUGGCCACACAACGAUCGUACUUGAGCUUGUCAAAGAGAUAUCUACAGAAAUAGUCACUCCAGUGUUUGAGCAAGCUUACUAUGUUGGCCAAUACACGGAAGAACAGGGAUUACUAUUCGAGGAUACGAUUCAGCUCAUUCAGGGCUUUGACGAAUCCGUUUCGUUCAACCUGGACGGCGAUAGUGCGCAAUGGUUCACAUUAGUGCCGGGCUCUGAUAACACCUACAGCCUAGCACUCUCCAGUCCCAUUCCGGCAGCUGUCGUCGCCAACAAUCAGAAACUCAUCUUCAUCGUCACGGCUCAGAGGUCUGGUGGAGUCGCCGCCCGAGCCACUAUUGUUAUAGCAUUUACUGACGGUACAAGAAUCUCACGAGAGUUACAAUUGUCUGCAUCCCACAACAUUACUACACAUUUCGGUUCAAACCAACUGUUUCUUCCAGAAAUCACCACCGAUCAGGUUCUUGGUUUCGACCGGAUAAGCUACGUUGGCUCCAUCGCAAACAACUCAGUCAGCUUGAGCCCCAUAGUACUGAGCGAAGGAUUCACGAACGAAGUAGCAUUUACGCUGCACGGAGAACUGGCCGAGUACUUCACGCUAUCGAACCAAGGCGCGACCGUGACCCUCGCAUUGCAGGACUCUCUUCCGGAAGAAUCCAUACCCUCAAACCGAAUCAUUUUACUUGAGAUACAAGCGUCUGCCCAACAAGCUAUGUCGGCGUUCACCACUAUAGUGCUUGAAGUCAUCCUGGCCGACGACACGGCGCCGCCGCCCACCGCCCUCGUCUUUGACGCAACCUACUAUGUGGGUAGCUACACGGAGAGCGAUGGUCUCGUUUUCAGCACUCCGAUAGCUCUCGCCGAAGGUUUUGAAGUGGAUGUCGAGUUCGGUCUCGAAGGAGAUAGUGCGCAAUGGUUCACAUUAGUGCCGGGCUCUGAUAACACCUACAGCCUAGCACUCUCCAGUCCCAUUCCGGCAGCUGUCGUCGCCAACAAUCAGAAACUCAUCUUCGUCGUCACGGCUCAGAGGUCUGGUGGAGUCGCCGCCCGAGCCACUAUUGUUAUAGCAUUGACUGACGAAAUCACCACCGAUCAGGUUCUUGGUUUCGACCGGAUAAGCUACGUUGGCUCCAUCGCAAACAACUCAGUCAGCUUGAGCCCCAUAGUACUGAGCGAAGGAUUCACGAACGAAGUAGCAUUCACGCUGCACGGAGAACUGGCCGAGUACUUCACGCUAUCGAACCAAGGCGCGACCGUGACCCUCGCAUUGCAGGACUCUCUUCCGGAAGAAUCCAUACCCUCAAACCGAAUCAUUUUACUUGAGAUACAAGCGUCUGCCCAACAAGCUAUGUCGGCGUUCACCACUAUAGUGCUUGAAGUCAUCCUGGCCGACGACACGGCGCCGCCGCCCACCGCCCUCGUCUUUGACGCAACCUACUAUGUGGGUAGCUACACGGAGAGCGAUGGUCUCGUUUUCAGCACUCCGAUAGCUCUCGCCGAAGGUUUUGAAGUGGAUGUCGAGUUCGGUCUCGAAGGAGAUAGUGCGCAAUGGUUCACAUUAGUGCCGGGCUCUGAUAACACCUACAGCCUAGCACUCUCCAGUCCCAUUCCGGCAGCUGUCGUCGCCAACAAUCAGAAACUCAUCUUCGUCGUCACGGCUCAGAGGUCUGGUGGAGUCGCCGCCCGAGCCACUAUUGUUAUAGCAUUGACUGACGAAAUCACCACCGAUCAGGUUCUUGGUUUCGACCGGAUAAGCUACGUUGGCUCCAUCGCAAACAACUCAGUCAGCUUGAGCCCCAUAGUACUGAGCGAAGGAUUCACGAACGAAGUAGCAUUCACGCUGCACGGAGAACUGGCCGAGUACUUCACGCUAUCGAACCAAGGCGCGACCGUGACCCUCGCAUUGCAGGACUCUCUUCCGGAAGAAUCCAUACCCUCAAACCGAAUCAUUUUACUUGAGAUACAAGCGUCUGCCCAACAAGCUAUGUCGGCGUUCACCACUAUAGUGCUUGAAGUCAUCCUGGCCGACGACACGGCGCCGCCGCCCACCGCCCUCGUCUUUGACGCAACCUACUAUGUGGGUAGCUACACGGAGAGCGAUGGUCUCGUUUUCAGCACUCCGAUAGCUCUCGCCAAAGGUUUUGAAGUGGAUGUCGAGUUCGGUCUCGAAGGAGAUAGUGCGCAAUGGUUCACAUUAGUACCGGGCUCUGAUAACACCUACAGCCUAGCACUCUCCAGCCCCAUUCCGGCAGCUGUCGUCGCCAACAAUCAGAAACUCAUCUUCGUCGUCACGGCUCAGAGGUCUGGUGGAGUCGCCGCCCGAGCCACUAUUGUUAUAGCAUUGACUGACGAAAUCACCACCGAUCAGGUUCUUGGUUUCGACCGGAUAAGCUACGUUGGCUCCAUCGCAAACAACUCAAUCAGCUUGAGCCCCGUAGUACUGAGCGAAGGAUUCACGAACGAAGUAGCAUUCACGCUGCACGGAGAACUGGCCGAGUACUUCACGCUAUCGAACCAAGACGCGACCGUGACCCUCGCAUUGAAGGACUCUCUUCCGGAAGAAUCCAUACCCUCAAACCGAAUCAUUUUACUUGAGAUACAAGCGUCUGCCCAACAAGCUAUGUCGGCGUUCACCACUAUAGUGCUUGAAGUCAUCCUGGCCGACGACACGGCGCCGCCGCCCACCGCCCUCGUCUUUGACGCAACCUACUAUGUGGGUAGCUACACGGAGAGCGAUGGUCUCGUUUUCAGCACUCCGAUAGCUCUCGCCGAAGGUUUUGAAGUGGAUGUCGAGUUCGGUCUCGAAGGAGAUAGUGCGCAAUGGUUCACAUUAGUGCCGGGCGCUGAUAACACCUACAGCCUAGCACUCUCCAGUCCCAUUCCGGCAGCUGUCGUCGCCAACAAUCAGAAACUCAUCUUCGUCGUCACGGCUCAGAGGUCUGGUGGAGUCGCCGCCCGAGCCACUAUUGUUAUAGCAUUGACUGACGAAAUCACCACCGAUCAGGUUCUUGGUUUCGACCGGAUAAGCUACGUUGGCUCCAUCGCAAACAACUCAAUCAGCUUGAGCCCCAUAGUACUGAGCGAAGGAUUCACGAACGAAGUAGCAUUCACGCUGCACGGAGAACUGGCCGAGUACUUCACGCUAUCGAACCAAGGCGCGACCGUGACCCUCGCAUUGCAGGACUCUCUUCCGGAAGAAUCCAUACCCUCAAACCGAAUCAUUUUACUUGAGAUACAAGCGUCUGCCCAACAAGCUAUGUCGGCGUUCACCACUAUAGUGCUUGAAGUCAUCCUGGCCGACGACACGGCGCCGCCGCCCACCGCCCUCGUCUUUGACGCAACCUACUAUGUGGGUAGCUACACGGAGAGCGAUGGUCUCGUUUUCAGCACUCCGAUAGCUCUCGCCGAAGGUUUUGAAGUGGAUGUCGAGUUCGGUCUCGAAGGAGAUAGUGCGCAAUGGUUCACAUUAGUGCCGGGCUCUGAUAACACCUACAGCCUAGCACUCUCCAGUCCCAUUCCGGCAGCUGUCGUCGCCAACAAUCAGAAACUCAUCUUCGUCGUCACGGCUCAGAAGUCUGGUGGAGUCGCCGCCCGAGCCACUAUUGUUAUAGCAUUGACUGACGGCAACCCAGACUCUUCGGUGACUUUCGACAAAGUUUUAUAUGAGGGAAUCGUACAAGGAAGUGUGGUACAACAUGAAGAAAUCACAGUUCAAGGGUACAGCGGAACUAGUGUUACUAUUAUUGGAGCAUACGCUCCGUUAUUCGAAGCGACUCUUUCUGGUGGCUCGGUAGUGGUGACGGCGUCUGGAUCUCUAACGCUUCCUUCUGAUAUCCAAAUUAUUGUCUUGGAGCUUCGAGCGGGAGAUAUAGGAGCUGUUCUAAUCCUUGAAGUCACUGCAACAGAAGAGCAACCGCUGCCGACCGUGACUUUCGAGUCGGCGUCAUACGUGCUUCGGGUGGAGAUCGGGCAGGCAGGCCUGGUGGGCAGGGUCCUCGCGACCUCCGACAACGGAGAGCCGGUCUCCUACUCGCUGCAAGUGGACAAUGAGCAUCUCCGGAGUCGUGUCUCAGUGAGCAGCGACGGCGAGCUGUGGCUUUCAGCCCCUGCGGCUAGUGGAGUCUACAGCUUCCAAGUGAUUGCGACCACAGAAUUCACGCAGGCGGUUGGACACGCUACGGUUCAUUUAUCAGUGGAAUCGGUAACAGUGUGCGGGGAUGAUAUCGUGGUAGCGCCUCUAAUAGUCAUCGAUCGAGAUGAAGAGGUAGAACAUAGAAACCUGGUCGUCAUGAAUUCCACCGAACACGAGGGCUGCCACUACACACUUACCAACAGAUGGCCUGUGGACCAGGAUUGGCUAUAUGUUGAUGAAAGCGGUCUUCAUACCCAUGCCAUUGACAGAGAACACCCAUCAAUUGCUUUCAUGGCUCUUUCCCAAAUCCAAGUCGAACUAAACCUAAUUUGUGGCGGUGAUGUUACAAGAACCAAAAGGUCUUUAGACGGACGCCUAGAUUGGCUCGGACCGUACGACUACGGAACCAACACAUGGGUUUUGACUGACACGAUCCUAUACAAUUCCCGAAGGAGCAUAGUGAACCUUAUUGUGAAUGAUAUAAAUGACAACACUCCGAUAUUUGAUGGGAAGGAGAAUGAACCUAUUAUUGUGGGGUAUCCUGUUUUGGACCUGGAAGAAACAAUAUUACCCCGAUCCCUAGCAGAACUACAGGCAACAGACGCAGACGUGGGAGAAAAUGCCCGGUUACGAUACUGGAGUGAGGACCCUGAAAUAGUAGUGUCACCUACAACUGGAUUCGUGCAUGUUAGGAGUGGCGCGCAGUUGGAAGAAAACAUGAUGCUGAUGGUGAACGCCACAGACCGCAAUGGAGAGGGACUUACAGGAUCUAUAUCUCUCAAGGUGAAGUUACUAGAAACUAAACACAUCGCCGUAAUCACUGCGCGAGAUGCUUUCUUGGAAGACGAGAGAAUCAUAUUGGGCAAUCUAAGCAACGCUAUAGGGUACGAAGUGAGGGCUCUCCGAUCGGUGGUGACGUCAAUAUCCGAGGAACAAGAGGCGACGAGAAAGAAGAGGGAUACCGCCGCAACUUCAGGGGUCGCUUUAGUGAUAUACGUGUAUGGACUUCUACAGAGUGAACCUGUUUCUGUGGAGACACUUUCAAAUGACAUAAAUAGCGCUACAAUAGUAACGGUAGACAUAGCAAGUAUACUAUCGCUAGAAGAUCAUCUAGAAGGCAACGAGAUAUGCGUCAUCACGGGACGUGAUACAGGCUUGUUAGCAGCAACAAUAGUCCUCAGUGUUCUACUAUUCUUGCUAAUUGUGGCGGCUGUGGUAUUUUACUUCCUCGUAUGGAGAAAGAAACAAAACUACGACCAAUUUAGCGACGCUAGUAGUAUCGUGUCGCAAGGUGAGUCACCCGGCCAGCCUUCCAAGCCCGACGUCGUUGCUAAGCCGCGGUUGAAUAUCGAAGAACUCAAAAGAAGUGAAAGGAGACUCCAAGACAUGUUAAACGCUCCCAUUGAAGAAGUCACUGUUGAGCCGAUACCGACUUCUUCAAAAAUGGAUACAACUAAUCCUACAGCUAAACCAUUACAAGAACCUUUAGCGCCAAUAGUCGUCAUACAAGAUAAACUUAAAGAUGCUGCGGAGGAGUCCGAUGAAGAUGAAUUCGGUGAAAUAAAGAGACCCAGAAGAAAGUCAGUUGUUACUUUCAAUGAAAAUGUAGAGAAGAUCAUACACGUGGAUGAUUCCGAUGAACCCGAUAUAAUAGCAAACCCUAACUAUGAAGUGUAUAAAUUGUAAAUAUGUUUAUUUAUUAAAAGAUUGUAAUGUAAAUAAAAUAAUAACUUCUAAUAGUAAAUUCUGAUAUUCCAAAA